AUGGGGAUAAAAGUUGAUAAAAUAGUACAAGGUCAGGGUAUAUCUAAUACUGGGAAUGUAGCAAGGAGAUUUUUUAAAAAUGCAGAAAUGUCGUCAAAAAUAACAGGUGUUGAUUUAAAUCUAAUUAAAAAAUUAGGUGAUAUAUUAAUUGCAAUAUCUAGUGGAUAUGAAAUUAAUUUUGAGUCAUUUGAUGAAUAUUGUAAAGAAACAGCCGAAUUAUACAUUGAGUUGUAUAAUUGGUAUCGCAUGCCUCCAAGUAUGCAUAAAAUGUUGUUACAUGGUUCUAUUGUAAUAAAACAUGCACUUGUACCAAUAGGAUUAUUAUCUGAAGAAGCGCAAGAAGCAUGUAAUAAAAAUUAUAAAAAUUUUAGGGAAAAUCAUACUCGCAAAACAUCAAGACUAAGUACCAAUACUGACUUAAUGCAUGCUCUAUUAAUUAGUUCAGACCCAGUGAUAUAUUCUAAGCGAAAAAUUUUGAAAACACCAUUUACAGAAUUACCAUCCUCGGUAAAACAAUUAAUAAUUACAGAUAAUGAUGAAGAAACAGAAGAUUCAGACGUAUGUUCUGAUUCAGAAUAA